CAUAAUCGUUUUGUUUGGAAACCCUCCCUCGCCUCCUCGAAUCCAUCCAAACCCUCGCUUUUGAGCUAACUUCUAGCUUUCCUCCUCAUUCUUCUACCUCUUCGAGAAGAAAUUUGAGUCCUACGAUAUAAUGGAUACGGAGGAGGAGAAUAGAGAAGCUGAGAAGUCUAGAGUGAGAGUAUUUGUCGGAGGCUUGGGCGAAGGCGUGACUUCUGAUGAUCUUCGGAGGUUGUUUGGGUCUUUGGGCGGUGUCGAUGGAGUAGACAUAAUUAGAACCAAAGGUCGAAGCUUUGCUUAUGUUGACUUCAUACCCUCUCCCACUGACCAAAACACUCUUUCCAAGCUUUUCAGCAGGUAUAAUGGAUGUCUCUGGAAGGGUGGAAAGCUAAAACUGGAGAAGGCUAAAGAACAUUAUCUUGUACGUUUGAAACGAGAGUGGGAAGAAGAUGCUAAACUUGCUAUUGAUGAACAUGGAACUAGUCCUCAUCCUGAUAAAAGCAUUUCCUCCACAGAAAUACUUAGCAAAGAGAUCUUAAAGACAAAGAAGCUGAACAUUUUCUUUCCCAAAUUGAGAAAGGUGAAAUCCAUACCAUUCACUGGAACUGGCAAGCACAAAUACAGUUUCCCUAAAGUUGAAAUUCCUCCUCUUCCAGUGCAUUUUUGUGAUUGUGAGGAACAUUCUAGUCCUUCUGGCACAAUAAGACCAAAGCAAUUUCAUAACGGGGGAGCAGAAAGUGGUGGGAUGAAUGAUGAAGAAAUUAACAUAAUGAAUGUUGUGAUGAGCAAACUAUUUGAAAGGGAAAAGAUGCCAAGUCCCAUGCAUUUUGAAAAGGAGAAGAGCUCUAAUGUAUCACCUGGUGGUUUGCAAUCUGAUGAAUCUGAAGCAGAUAGUGCAACAGAUGAUGAUGGCCUCAUCAUUAAUAUUGAGACAAAGAAAAAGAAAACAGCUAUAAAAGGUAGCCAGGAACUUCAAAGAAUAUUGAGAGAUCAGGAAUCAGAAUUGAGUGAAGGAGCAAGAAUUUUAAAGGAUGAAGCAAACAAUAAUAAGCUUGAAGUGCCGAAAAGCAGUAAUAUUGCUCCUGACAAGAAGAAAAAGCCUCAUCACAAUUCUGAAGGGAAAAGAAAUGAUAAUACCUCUGUGACCCCUGGAGGCAAGAAACGUGUGCAUUGGGAUGAGUUGAGCUCACAGGUUCACCUCACUGAAUUAGAAGAUAAUUGUAGGGAACCAGCUGAAGUUUCUUGGUCUCAGAAAUCUUCAUGGAGAGAACUUCUUGGUGAUGGAGGCAGCAGUUCUUUCAGUGCCUCUCAUAUGCUGCUAGGCUCUAAUUCUAUUGAAAAAAAAGGAUCUGAUGGUUUAUGUGAACCUGAAUCAGGAAAGAAUAAAACUGAGCACAUUGUAAUGGAGGGUGGCCUGGAACCUGCCAGGGCAGAAGAAAUGGAAGUACUUGCUGAAACUCGGCCUACCACACAAGAUGCUGCAUCCAAACAGUCAGGCAGAGGCGUUGCAUGGAAGCAAAAGCAAUCUUGGACACAGCUGAUUGGUCAGAAUACCAAUUCAUUCAGCAUAUCUCAGAUUUUGCCUGGAAUCUCUUCUCAGAAGCCAGUGGCGAAAGAGCCAUCUGAAGACCUUGCUGGUUCUGGUGACAGCAAACAUAUUGAUUUGGGUAAGGAAUCUGACAAUGAAGCUGUUGGAGGCGGGUUGAAUUUGGCGAAGAGUAACCCAGAAAAGGAGCAUAAUAUGUUGGCUAAGCAUUCUUUCAUUGAGCCUGUUGGAGAUGGGUUGAACAUGACCAGGAGUACCCCAGAAAAGAGUCAACAUGUUGCUGGCAAUGAUACUGCUCCUGCUCCAAUGACUGAGGAAAAAUGUGACGGACACACGAAUGAAACAUCCAUUACAGAGGUUAAAAUGGGUGAGACAUGCUCAUUUAUGAGGAGCGCUGCUUCGUUGAAAGAGUGGGCGAAGACUAAAGCUGCUUGGAGUGGAUCACUCAAAAGGAAACGCGGGGAGAAGAACGAGCAUUAAGACCUUAACAGCUGAAAUCAUGACUGUGGUUGGGUUAUGAUGAGCAUGACUUGGGUUAACAUUCUUUAUAAUCAUUUUGGGCAUCUAACCAAAUUUUUUCCCAGCGUCAUUUGAGUUGAAGAAUCCGGUGACUAAUAUAUAAAAACUACAGAGCGGCCCCCCCCCCAAAAAAAAAAAAAAAAACAAAACAAAAACGAAGCAAGAAAGAAAAAAGAAGUGCUAGUCAAACAUUUCCCGCGCUUUUUCAUGGGUUGACUACGGGACAUUGCAGUUUGUAACAUGAUAUACUGUAAUUUUUUAUUUUUUAAGGGGAGCAGGAUACAUUAAACUAUCAUGUUGAUCGCUAGAAGUUGUUGACGUCAAUUUCGACUUGAUAGAUUAAAGUCAUUGGAAUCUUUUGGAGACAAAUGGUUAACUGAUGAACAACUGUGGUUUGAUUUCGUUGAACGUCAUCAACACACAAUUAGCGAAAAACAGUAUAACUCUUUUGAGAAAUGUAUUGGUGAUGCUUCCGUUA